AUGUCUAAAGUCAAAGUUACUAAAGGCUCUAAGCCUACCAAAUCGGCUGACGUCUUGAGCAAGGCCAAGGCCGCCGGCAUCACCAAGCCUGCUCAGACCGAGAAGGCAAAGAGCAAGGAAGUCGCUAAGGAGAUUGCUAAGAAAGAGAAGAAAAACAAGAAGGUGAAGGAGCCAACUCCUGAGUCAUCUGACGAGGACUCCGACGACACCUCUGCCAGCUCCUCGUCUGACUCGGAGGAGGAGGCUGAGGCUAAGCCUGUCACUAACGGCAAGGCCAAUGGCUCCAAGAAAGCCGCUGUCGCAGCUGAUGAGAGCUCCGACGAGUCCGAUUCAUCUGAAAGCGAGUCUGAGGCCGAGGCUCCUAAGACCAAUGGAGCCGCCAAAGUCAAGGCUGCUGCCCCUGCUGCGGACAGUGAUUCUGAGUCCGAUGACGCCAGCGAUUCUGACAGCGAUGUGGAGAAGCCCGCUGGCAAAUCUGCCGUGAUGGGUUCUAAGCUGUCCGCUGCCAAUGAGACUUCCGAAGAUUCCGACAGUGCUGACAGCUCUGACAGCGAUAAGGCCGAUAGCGAAGAGUCCGAUAGCGAUGACGAGCCUGCUCCCAAGAAGGACGUCAAGAAGGCUGUUAAGGCUGACGAGACUUCUGACAGUGAAGAGGAGGACAGUGACGACUCCGAGAGCGAGGAAGAAGUUGAAGAGGAGAAGCCAAAGUCCUCCAAGCGCAAGGCCGAAGAUGAGGCUCCUGCUCCUGCGAAGAAGGCCAAAACCGCUGUCAGCGACAAGGAGGCUACCAAGAACCUCUUCGUUGGUAAUCUUUCAUGGAACGUCACUGAUGACUGGCUGCGCGAGGAGUUCGAGGCUUUCGGUACCGUCGAGGGCGCCCGUGUCAUGACUGAUCGUGCCACUGGCCGCUCCAAAGGCUUUGGCUAUGUCGAGUUCUCCAAUACCGAUGAAUCGUCGGCUGCUCUCGAGGCUAAAAAUGGUGCCGAUCUUGAUGGUCGUCCCAUGAACGUGGACUUCUCAAACCCGCGUCCCACGAACGAUCAGCGCCAGGAAAGCCGUCGCCAGCAAUACGCCGACCAGCUGAGCGAGCCUUCGGAUACGCUGUUCGUUGGCAACCUCUCGUUCGAAGCCGGACAAGAUGCUCUCACCGCAGCGUUCACGCCUCACGGCAAUCCAGUUGGUGUUCGCAUUCCCACUGACCCCGAGACCGGCAACUACAAGGGUUUUGGCUACGUUACCUUCGGCACUGUCGAAGAGGCUACGGCUGUGCUUGAGGCCAUGCAAGGCGAGUACAUUGAAGGUCGUCCCAUUCGUCUGGACUACUCGCAGCCUCGUCCUCAGAACAACGGUUCUCCUCGUGGCGGCCGCGGCGGACGUGGUGGUUUCGGCGACCGUGGCGGUCGCGGCGGACGUGGAGGCCGUGGAGACUUCGGUGGGCGUGGUCGUGGCCGUGGCGGCUUCGAUCGCGGUGGGCGCGGUGGUCCCCGUGGCGGCCGCGGUGGUAGCACCAACCGUGGUGGUUUUGGCGACUUCUCUGGCAAGAAGACGACAUUCUAA